AUGCCUUUCACAGUUCUCUCAGACGCCAAUGUCAAUCACAUCCUCGACACGUUAUCUUCAUCUGACGUGACCGAUCUCGCAAACGCUCUCGAGCGAGCCCUCAUUCAAUAUUCAUGCAACAAUGAACAGCAAUACCAACCUCACCGUGCAGUCGUCAACAGAGAUGGCCAAGUCAGCCUGUUCAUGCCCGGAACUACUGACCAAUUACUCGGCGUAAAGAUCGUCGGUGUGACCCCAAGCGAAAAGCUCAAGCCAUCUGAAGCAGGUCUCAAGAGUGUCUUGACUCUGUGCGACGCUAGAGGUCAGGCUAUCGGAACGCUCAACGCAGCUGCACUCACUGCGUUCCGAACUGCGCUGGGCUCAAUGCUGCCUUAUCGAUUUAGGCGUAACACUGAGAACAUCGUGGUGUUUGGUGCGGGGAAACAAGCUCUGUGGCAUAUUCGCUUGGCGCUUCUGUUGAAGGAGAAGGAUAUCAAGUCUGUGACGAUUGUGAACCGUUCUGCUGAGAGAACUCAACAGUUGAUCGAGUCACUUAAGUCGAAUGUUCAAUCUCCAUGGCCAUCGCACAUCAGCUUGCAGGCUUUUGAUCCCAAGGGCGACCGUGAUGCAGCUUUGGAGUCUCUGGUCGUCAAUGCAGAUGUCUUGUUCUUUACAACACCAAGCACGGAACCUCUCUUCCCAGCAUCAUACCUUACUUCUGAGAAGGCUCUAAGCAAGACCCGGUAUCUCGCGGCGAUCGGUUCUUACCGGCUUGACAUGCAAGAAAUCGACCCCGAGCUUCUGAAACAAGUCAUCAACCCGUCUGGGCCCUUUUCAUCUGUGGCGUAUCAAGGCGGAUCUGUUGCUGUCGACAGCCGAGACGGUUGCUUGCAAGAGGCUGGAGAACUGGUUAAAGCUGAGAUCCCUACGGAUAAAAUGCUUGAGAUUGGCCAGUUGUUCCAAAAGAAGAACACGGGGAACCCGGAUGACCUGAACAAAUGGCUUGAAACUGGAUUUGUUAUUUACAAGAGUGUUGGAACAGGUGUUAUGGAUCUUUCAAUCGGUCAAGAGCUUCUUCGAUUGGCCAAGGUGAAGAAUGUUGGUUUGACUGCCGAGGACUUCUGA